GUGCUUCAUAGAUUUUAUGUAAAUUCACUCCUAAUAGCUGCAAAAUAUUUUAGUUUCGGUGUUUAUUUUUAUGCAGGUAAGUUACUCAGUGGUAUAUUUUUGGUUUAGCCUACUAUUUUAUUGAAACAAUAUAAUAUUUCUUUGUAAUAUUUGACAUAAACAGCCUAUAAAUAAUUCAAGGUUAUGCCAGAGAAAUGUGAUUUUCUGAUUUGUGUAGAGGUGGGGCACAUUUAACAUAAACACGUGGGGCACAUUUAACAUAUGUCAAAUCUGCCCCAUCCCAUUUAUGAACGCAUUCAAUAUCAAUUUUAAGAGUUUUAGAGUUUAUAAUUUGCUGAUCUUAAUUUUUUUUAUAGACUUUAAAAUGGUACGAACUUACAAAAGAAAGACAAAUAGAUGUGAUAUUGACGAGGAUGAUAUUAAAAAGGCUGUUAAUGAUGUUCGGACAGGAACAUAUUCGUGUAGGCAAGCGGCUAGUAUUUACAAUAUAAAAAGAACUACAUUACUGUAUCGUCUAAAGAAGCUUAAAUAUAGAAGGGGCGAAGCAGGUGAUUCAGGAGCUGAAGAUGACGAUGAUAGUCAAAAGUUUUCUUCUAAGUACACCAGUCGACAGGUUUUUACCAACUCCGAAGAAUUAUUGUUAGUCGAGUAUCUGCAAAAAUGUUGUAAUUUAAAUUACGGUUUAAAUUAUAAACAAGUGCGGUCCUUAGCUUACGAGUACGCCUUAAAAAACAACAAAAAAAUGCCAAAGGAAUGGGGAAACUAACAAGUUAACAGGACGAGAUUGGAUUUUAAAUUUCAUGAAACGACAUAAAAACGCACUGUCUUUGCGAAAACCUGAGAACACUAGUCUAGCAAGAAUUAAAGGAUUUAAUAAACAAAGUGUCGUAGAAUUUUAUGACAACCUGGAAAAAGUUUUAACGGAACACAAUUUCGAUCCUUCAAGGAUUCUUAAUGUUGACGAGACAGGUAUCAGUACAGUUUUGGAUCAACCAAAAGUGAUCGCAACGUUGGGACAAAAGCAAGUUGGUCAGGUAGUGUCGGCGGAAAGGGGAUCCCUUAUAACAUUUGUAGGGAUCGUUACUGCUUCAGGCAAUUCCGUGCCUCCCGUAUAUAUUUUUCCAAGGGUGCGUAUGAAGGACAGUUUUAUGAGGGGAACCCCAGUAGGUAGCCUGGGUUUAUGCAAUAAAAGCGGGUAGAUAACGGCAGAACUGUUUUUAGAUGUCUUGAAACAUAUAGAAAAAUAUCUGAAUCCACAACCUGAACGUGGUAAGAAUAUUUUGUUGCUGCUAUAGACAACCAUCACACCCAUGUCACUGUCAGCGCUGUCGAAUUUUGUCGUGAAAACAGUAUCGUUAUGUUAUCCUUUCCGCCUCAUACGUCCAACAAACUUCAACCCCUAGACGUUGGAGUGUUUGGCGCCUUUAAAACCUCGCUAAAGCGGGCAUUAAACAAUUGGAUGAUUAACAAUGUUGGCCGAACGGUUUCAUUAUACGAUAUUGGGGAGAUAUCAUCAGGUCCUUUCUUGGAUGCUUUUACGCCAAAAAAUAUUUUGGCAAGCUUUCGAAAGCCGGGAAUUUUUCCGUUUCAUCCAAACGUAUGUAAGGAUUCAGAUUUUCUGAGCGAGGAACCUAAAGAGGAUUAUUUAAACAAAGAUUGCUCUAUUGAUGAAAUUACCCCUCAAACUUCAACCAUUAGCGAGGAAGUAUUAGAUAUAUCUAAUACAAAAACUCCAAAACUAAAAUCAUUUGAACCACUUGCAUCUACAUCCAGCAUUAGUUCACUUUUGGAAAAAAAGCAAACCAUUUCUCCAGCAAUCAUACGACCAAUUCCGACUAUGAAAACUGUGCCAAAGUCGACUAAAGGAAGAGAAAAAAGUAAGUCCACGAUCUACACAGAUUCACCAGAAUAUAAAAAGAUUCUGGAAAAAAAUCAAAAGAAGAGAGAAAACGAGGCAAAGAAAAAGGGAGUAAAGCGAGAUGUAUUUAAGAAUAAGAAAAGGGAAUUACCUGAAUCAUCUGAUGAGAGCGAUGUUGAUUCGUUGUUCUCAUUGAGAUUUGAAAGUUCUCUAGGAUUGAAUUCAAUACCGGAAUUAACAGAUGAUCAACAAAUAGAAGUGGGCAAUUUUGUAUUAGUACAGUUUCCGACAAAAACAACAAUUGUUUAUUAUAUAGGAGAGGUUUUAAAAGAGGUAGCUUUUAAAGAAUUUAAGAUAAAGUUCCUAAGAAGGAAGUUUAACCAAAACAGGUUUUAUUAUCCAAAGGUUGACGAUAUUCCUGAAGUCAACCGACAAGACAUCAUUGCGAUUAUGCCAGACCCAGUUUUAACAAACAAAUACCUCGAACUUGACGUUACUUUAGAUAGUUAUAACAUUAAAUAAGUUUUUGAUAUUUAUAGCUUAGAAUAAACUUUGAUUUCGAUCUUAUAACAUUAUGUCAAUAGUGCCCCACUGAUAUGUUAAAUCGACACCUGAUAUGAAAAACAUUGUAUCUCCACUUACAAUGUUUUUCAACUAUGGCUUAAAUAGCAUCUAUAAACGAUAACCUUCAAUUUGGUCUAAGAACUUUUAUCCUAUCUUAUGUAAUUAUAAAGUUAUUUAACAAAAUAACCUCAUUGUAAGUGCAAAUUUUUGAUCACUGGGUGGAAAAAACAUUGUAACCAAUGUUACAAUAUUAAAUUUUUUUAUUAUUGAUGAAAAUUUUUUAAUAAAACAUUGUAACAUUGGAUACAAUGUUUUUCUCGAAACAUUUAUUGGGUAAGUUUUUAUAACUGCAUUGUAAGUUGUGAUACAAGAAAGCAAGGUAGUGGAAUAUUACGAUGAACAACAUUGUAAGUCAAUAUAGUCAGGAGGUAAAUUCUAUAUUAUUAACUGCUGAGCAUAGUAAGCAUGCCUCAAAUCGUAAAAACUCGCAUAAAAAUACUAGUUUAGAAUUUCAAACAAAAAUAAUAACACCUAUAUCAUUCACUGCUGAACUAACUUCUACUGAUGAAACUCAGAUAAU